AUGGGCCACCCAACACCCUUCGAACCCACCCCUCCCUACGAGGAAGCCACCUCGGGCUCCCAAAACUCCCAUCCCCACCACGUCCGUCUCCGUCCCCACUCCCCAAGCCCUACACACCACCCCGCCACUGAGUAUAUAUACGCCGAUCUCCCCCAAGCCGAUCUCGAAACCGGGCCUAUCCGCCAACACAGCUGUACUCCACUCACCGCCCACCCCACGACCUCCAUCGUGACCACCGCGCACGAACACUGCGAGGUAUGUGAGCGGGCUGUCACCCGGAGGGAGCGGAAACAUGCCCAGAUGCAUUGCUGUCGGAUGGUGGCGCUGGUGUUUAUUGUUUUGUUUAUUUGUUUGACGAUUCUGGGGAUUGUGCUGGCGAGGGCGGGGGCGGGGCAUCAUUAGGGGGGAACUUAGGCGUGUGUAGGGUUUUGGGUGGAUGGUGGAGUUUGGGUUUAUAUUUGGGUUGGUAUGUUUACGGUGUUUGCAUAUAGUAUAAUGUUGAUGUGCUCUGCGCCCCUUUGAGCACGAGAAGGUCUAUCGGUUAUAGUUCAUAUCGCAUGCAAUUCACUUCCAAGGCUG